UUGAGAAAAAAAAAGAAGGAAAAAAGGGAAAAGAGCGAGAGAGAGUGUAAGAGUUUACUCUGCUGGACUCCGGGAGGCUGCAGCUCAUCCUCACCACGCUCUACAGCGGAGCAACAAACCCGCAGCACGUCGUUAAACUGUUCAGAGCUGAAACUUUUCCCGCUUCAGAAGAAACGUCAGUGCUGAAGUUGGAGGUAACAAGGUGGUUAACACGCUCUGCUGUGCUCCCUUCUGAGCCCCCCCUCCUCCCUCCCCAUCCUUUACUCUGCCUCUUCCAACAUGUCCUCUCAAGACACUGCCAUCAAGGGGUCUCGACCUGUGACCCCUCCACUGCCUUCUCCAAGAUCCCCACAGUCUCCAGAAUCUCUGCACCUCCCGGCCUGCAGACGCAGAGAUCGCUCGCCUUCCCCUAUGAGAGGCUACCUCAUCCCCAGCCCUCUGCCCACACGCAGAAACAGGACCUGCUCAGCGACGGCUCGUGCAUCGGAGGGACCCGUGUUUACUGGCGUGUGUAAAUGUUUCUCGCGCUCCAAAGGCCAUGGAUUUAUCACGCCAUCGGACGGCGGCGCUGACAUCUUUGUCCAUAUCUCAGAGUAAGUGUGUGUGUGCUUUG